AUUACUGCGCGUCCAUGUCAAGUGUGUCUCAUCUGUGUAAUACAGGAUCAAUAUUAAAUUUAUGCGAAUUCUUCACAUUGAAUAGCCGUAAUUAUAACUAAAACCAGUAGAGGAGUGCCUAAAUAUUAAUUAGCAGUAGUUUGAGUACCCGCGCGGCGCGAUUCCCUUCAGUUUAGACCUCUGAUUACAUGCUUCAAGAGAAAUGACGAAGGUGUCCUUUAUCUGCAACAAAGUGAAGUGUUAGAUCGAAAGUGCAUAUAAUUACAGUGUUAAAAACAGCGAUCGCAGCAUGUAGUAUGAAAUACAGUGUGACCGUUUGAAUAUAGAACCGGGGCGUGAAUGUUUGGGCGUUCGCUGCGUGUUAUUAUGUGGGUGAGAUGAUGUGGUGCUGCGCGGUGGUAGCGGCGGCGCUGUGGGCGGCGCUGGGCGCGCGCGGCGAGCAGGUGCUGCUGCUGGACACCACGUCCGAGGCGACCCUCGGCUGGACGCGCUUCCCCUACGGCCCGCAGGCCAACACGCCCGGCUGGCUCGAGGAGUCCUACACCAACUUCGAGAAACAAAUCAACUGGCGCUCCUACGUCGUCUGCGAUGUCGCGCACCACAACGUCAACAACUGGCUUUGGACGCCGUUCAUCGAGAGGAGAAACGCCAACCGCAUAUACAUAGAAAUAAAAUUCACCAUACGAGACUGCUCAUUGUUCCCAGGUAAUGCUUUGAGCUGCAAAGAAACGUUCAGCCUGCUUUAUUAUGAAUUUGAUGUCGCUACACGGGAACAGCCGCCCUGGGAGCCUGAGAGCUACAAGUUGGUGGGCCGCAUUGCUGCAGGGGAGGGCCGGUUCAACACCAACUCUGAAGUAGAUAUCAACACUGAAGUUAAAAGCAUAGCUGUCACUAAGAGAGGGGUGUACUUUGCAUUCAGAGAUCAAGGAGCAUGCAUCUCUAUAUUGGCUGUAAAAGUGUACUACAUCACAUGCCCGGAAACAACAAUGAACUUUGCACGAUUCCCUGCUACACCAACUGGGCGGGAAGUGACUGUUAUAGAACAAGCUAAUGGCACAUGUGUGGAAAAUGCAGAGACAGCCUCAGGUGAGGCCCCUCCAGUCUACUUGUGCAAGGGAGAUGGCAAGUGGACUCUGCCCAGUGGGUCUUGCAAGUGUAGGGCUGGAUUUGAGCCCGACCACCAUAAUCAAAUAUGCAGUGAGUGCCCUCCUGGUAAAUUUAAAUCUCAUACAGGUGAUGAUCCCUGCAUACCAUGUCCUGACUACUCAGAAUCCACCAUAUAUGCAGCUGGAGAAUGCAAAUGUAUACCUGGCUUUUAUAGAGCCAAGAAGGACCCUAAAAACACACCUUGUACCCAGCCACCAUCGGCACCAGAUAACUUGACUGUUACUUUUGCUGAUCAGUUCUCUAUUUCUCUGGCUUGGCAACCUCCACACAAAACAGGAGGCCGCAAUGAUGUUACAUAUAAAGUGCAUUGUUCAAACUGUGGACCCAGUGUUGAGUACAGACCGGCUUCAAGUGGCUUAAACUCUACAAGAGUGACUGUCAUAGGGCUAGAUCCAGUUACUGAGUACAAAUUCCAGAUCUUUGCUGAAAAUGGUGUAACAGAGCAAACAUCAGAACCACCAAAGAAAAUAGAAAUAACAGCUGUAACUGAAGCAUCAGUUGUGAGUGUUGUAUCUAAACUGAGAGUGCUCAGUGCAGAAAGUGAUAAGCUGUCUUUAGCAUGGACACCUCCGGCACUUGAUUCCACGGACCCAGAUGAUGUGAUUGAGAGCUAUGAAGUCAAGUGCUUCCCAAAGGACAAUCAAGAGAAGAGUGGCAACACGACUCUAAAAAUAACAAAAGAACCACAUAUCAUAAUAACUGGACUUAAAAGGGAUACAGAGUAUGGAAUAAGAGUGAGGGCUAAGAUGAAGCGUGGGUGGGGAGAGUUCAGUCCGAUAGUGUACGCGCGGACUGGAUCCGUGCUGGAGACGUCGUUCGUGGGCGAGGAGGAGGGCACGCAGGUGCGGCUGGUGGCCGGCGUGAUGGUGGCCGUGGUGGUCAUGUCCGUGGUGGCCAUCGUGGCCACCGUGCUGUUCCUGCGCUCGCGCACCGACGACGAGUGCGACAAGAAGCAGCCGAGCGACUGCAACGCGCUCAACUACCGCAACGGGGAGGUGUACACCGGGCCCGAGCGCCCCGCCAAGACCAGCAGCAACGCCACCACCCCGCUGUUCGCCGGCACCGGCUCGCGCACCUACAUCGACCCGCACACGUACGAGGACCCCAACCAGGCCGUCAGGGAGUUUGCUAGAGAAAUUGACGCGUCAUGCAUCACGAUCGAGGCCAUCAUAGGCGGCGGUGAGUUCGGCGACGUUUGCCGAGGAAAACUCAAGCUGCCGGCCAGCUGCGGCCAAGAAAUUGAUGUCGCUAUAAAAACCUUGAAGCCGGGAUCUACUGAGAGAGCCAGACGGGACUUCCUGGCUGAAGCCUCAAUAAUGGGUCAAUUUGAACACCCUAAUGUCAUAUUUCUGCAGGGUGUGGUUACCAAGUGUAAUCCGAUCAUGAUAAUCACAGAAUUCAUGGAGAAUGGAUCUCUGGAUACGUUUUUGAGAGCGAAUGACGGCAAGUUCCGCGUGCUGCAGCUGGUGGGCAUGCUGCGCGGCAUCGCCACCGGCAUGCAGUACCUGUCCGAGAUGAACUACAUCCACCGGGACCUGGCGGCCCGCAACGUGCUGGUCAACUCGCAGCUCGUGUGUAAAAUAGCCGACUUCGGACUGUCGCGCGAGAUAGAGUCGAUGGCGGACGGCGCCUACACGACGCGCGGCGGCAAGAUCCCCGUGCGGUGGACGGCGCCCGAGGCGAUAGCCUUCAGGAAGUUCACGUCAGCAAGCGACGUGUGGUCGAUGGGCAUCGUGUGCUGGGAAGUCAUGAGCUUCGGGGAGCGUCCAUACUGGAAUUGGAGUAAUCAGGACGUGAUCAAGUCCAUAGAGAAGGGCUACAGGCUCCCGGCGCCGAUGGACUGCCCCGAGGCGGUGUACCAGCUGAUGCUGGACUGCUGGCAGAAGGAGCGCACGCACCGCCCGACCUUCUCCAGCAUCGUAAAGACUCUGGACAAGCUGAUCAGAUGUCCGGACACGCUGCGGAAGAUCGCGCAGAACCGCUCGGCGGACCCCCUGGCGGGGGACACGCCCGACAUGAUCCAGUUCUCCUCGGUGGAGGAGUGGCUGGAGUGCAUCAAGAUGUCGCGGUACAUAGAGAAGUUCCGCGCGGCCGGCAUCACGGACAUGGACGCGGCCGUGGACCUCACGGUGCACCAGCUCGCCUCGCUGGGCGUCACGCUCGUGGGCCACCAGAAGAAGAUCAUGAACAGUGUGCAGAGCAUGCGCGCGCAGAUCCGCGUCAGUGGCCCCUACGGCUUCCUCGUGUGACUUGAUACUGAGUGGUCAAACGGCGGUAAAGUAUAAACGCGAGUGCAAAUCCCAAGUGAUCUCUUGUUUAGAGCAAAUCAGUGAUGUAUAGGAGUGAUUAUCGUAAAUUUGAUAAUGUGAAAUGAAGACA